CAGCAAUCAGCACUUAGUUACUCAUAUCAACACAGCAACAUCCCCGAAAAAACAAAAAGCGCACGAUAUUAAUCGUUCUGGUAUUUGUUUCUGGAACCAUCUCUUCUUGAAUUGGGAUUUUUUUUGGCUUUCCCUCUGCUCUGUUUCCCCUCCUGCGAUUAACCAAGCGAUCCCUUUUCUUUUCCUUUCCUCCAAACAUACCUUGCCAUGAAACGCUCAAUCGAUGACAUUGGCGCUAACAGCAACAACAAGAAUGGAUCGAAACCCGUCUUCUUAACCAAAGCCCAACGCGAGCAAUUGGCUCUCGAGCGCCGCCAAGAAGAAAUCCAACAGCAGAAACUCCGUCAGCAACAGCUUCUCGCUCAAAUCCGAUCCUCUGACCCUAACAAUACCAACCAGAAGCCUUCUGAUUCUGAACGCCGUGACCGCGACAAGGACCGUGAACGGGACCGAGACAGAGAUAGAGACCGCUCCUCGCGCCGUGACCGUGACCGUGAACGCGAACGUGAAGAGGAGGCUAAGGCUCGAGAGCGUGCUCGAUUGGAGAAAUUAGCCGAGAGGGAGCGUGAAAAAGAGCUGGAUUCGAUUAAAGAGCAGUAUUUGGGGUCUAAGAAACCUAAAAAGAGGGUUAUUAAACCUAGCGAGAAGUUUCGAUUCUCUUUUGAUUGGGAGAAUACCGAAGAUACCUCCAGAGAUAUGAAUUCUUUAUACCAAAACCCUCAUGAAGCUCAGCUUUUGUUUGGCCGAGGAUUUCGUGCUGGAAUGGAUCGAAGGGAGCAGAAGAAACUUGCGGCCAAGAAUGAGAAGGAGAUGAGAGAAGAAAUUCGAAAAAAGGAAGGCGUUGAAGAGAAACCUGAGGAGGCUGCUGCUAGGAAACUUAAAGAAGAAGCUGCGGAUAUGUACGAUACUUUUGAUAUGAGAGUUGAUAGACAUUGGUCUGAGAAGAAGCUCGAUGAAAUGACUGAGAGAGAUUGGAGGAUUUUUAGGGAGGAUUUUAAUAUUUCUUAUAAGGGAUCAAAAAUACCACGGCCUAUGAGGAGUUGGAAUGAGAGUAAACUGAGUUCAGAGUUGUUGAAGGCUGUUGAAAGGGUUGGUUACAAGAAACCAUCUCCCAUUCAGAUGGCAGCUAUUCCGCUAGGACUGCAGCAGCGUGAUGUAAUUGGAAUCGCAGAGACUGGUUCUGGUAAGACUGCUGCCUUUGUUUUGCCUAUGUUAACUUAUAUUUCUAGAUUGCCUCCUAUGAGUGAGGAAAAUGAGGCUGAGGGACCUUAUGCUGUUGUCAUGGCGCCUACUCGUGAAUUGGCACAGCAGAUUGAGGAUGAGACUCUGAAGUUUGCUCAUUACUUAGGAAUUAAAGUGGUUUCUAUUGUUGGUGGACAGUCCAUUGAGGAGCAAGGUUUUAGGAUUAGGCAAGGGUGUGAGGUUGUUAUUGCUACUCCAGGUCGUUUGCUUGAUUGCUUGGAAAGACGUUAUGCUGUCUUAAAUCAGUGCAAUUAUGUUGUUCUUGAUGAGGCUGAUCGCAUGAUAGAUAUGGGUUUUGAACCCCAAGUUGUGGGUGUAUUGGAUGCAAUGCCUUCAAGCAAUUUAAAACCAGAAAAUGAAGAUGAAGAGCUUGAUGAGAAAAAGAUUUACCGCACAACUUAUAUGUUCAGUGCUACAAUGCCACCUGCUGUAGAGCGGCUUGCGAGGAAGUAUUUAAGAAACCCUGUAGUGGUCACCAUUGGUACUGCUGGAAAGACGACAGACUUAAUAUCUCAGCAUGUGAUUAUGAUGAAGGAGUCAGAGAAAUUUUUCAAGUUGCAGAGAUUGCUUGAUGAACUUGGAGAUAAGACUGCAAUUGUGUUUGUUAACACUAAAAAGAAUGCUGACACUGUUGCCAAGAAUCUAGAUAAGGCAGGAUACCGUGUGACAACUUUGCAUGGUGGAAAGUCCCAAGAACAGAGGGAAAUUAGCCUUGAGGGUUUUAGGACCAAGAGAUACAAUGUCCUUGUUGCUACUGAUGUUGCUGGUCGUGGGAUAGAUAUACCGGAUGUGGCCCAUGUCAUUAAUUAUGAUAUGCCUGGGAAUAUUGAGAUGUACACCCAUCGCAUUGGACGAACGGGCCGUGCUGGAAAGUCGGGUGUGGCUACAACUUUCUUGACUCUCCAUGACACUGAGGUAUUUUAUGAUCUGAAGCAGAUGCUUAUUCAGAGCAACAGUCAUGUGCCUCCUGAGUUGGCUAAACACGAGGCUUCAAAAUUCAAGCCAGGAUCAAUUCCUGACAGACCUCCUAGGCGCAAUGAUACUGUUUUUGCUCACUGAGUACUGGGGACAUUUAGAAGCAUCACUAAACGAAGGCUUCACCACUUUGUGCCAUGUAAUAGAGCUGAAGUAUAUUUGGUUGCAGGCAACAUGCAGCAACGUAGUCUGUGUUUGACUGGAAUAGACAAUCAAGAUUUUAUUUAUUGAAGUGCAUCCCUUUCAGUGGUAACUAAUGUCAUUAUUUUUAUUUUGCCGCUAGUACUUUCUGCUCUUUACAUUGUUUAGUAAAAAAAAAGGUUUCAUUGAUUAUAUGAGUUGAAAACAUCAUAUAUGAUCUCACUUUUUUCUCCGAAAUGGUUAGUUUACUCGAGAGGUUAAUAUGAUUUAGAGUAUCAACUAUGGGACUUUUUUGGUUGGCUUCUUUGUAUCAGAUGUUAACAUCUAUUUCACAUUAUAUUUGCAGUGCUUCUGUGUGAACUCUGCAUUUGGAUGUACUUUGAUACCAUUUUCUAAUUAGAAAAUGCUUAUGAGGCUUGAUGAAAAA